AUGCGGCGCGACCCGCAGAGCUUCGGGGCCGCGUGGCAGCGGGACCAGGAGCUGUGGCUGGGGGCGGCGAGGCGCAGCAUGCGGCCCGGAGCCCGCGCGGCGGUCGUCAUCGGCGACGGCGGAGGGAUCGACACGCUCGACUCCACGCGGCGGGCGGCGGAGGCGGUGGGGAUGCGGGUGGUGGCGUGCGCCUCCAUCCGGUCCGACUUGCCGGUCGAGGAGCGGCUGCAGGGCAACCGGCGGACGGAGCACGCGCUGCUGCUCGAGGCGCCGUUCACGCUGAGUCCGGCCUUUGCGCCUAGCUAG